UGAGAGACAGACAUUGAACUCAUGUGUAAGAAGGAGAACGGUAGGAAGUUCGAUGCGAAGAAAACAGAAUUAUGCAAUCUCUUGUAUUGUGUCUAGAGACCAGCAGAAGAAGGAGGAGGAAUGAAAAAAAGAUAUAAGACUGGAGCUGAGAAACAGUGCGGUUUUGAAAUUGAAGAGUGGAAAAAGGGGACUAAUUUGCAUCCACAGAAGUAAUAAUAAAUAAAGAGGCAAGGACACUGGAGGUGUGGAAUUUGUUUACUUUAAACUAGUUUCAUAAGCGCUGGCUUUCAGUUAGACUGCAAACCUGACUUGAAUCACAUCCAUCCAUACACACGCAUACAAGUACGGCGUCCGAGUAUUUCACGCCGCAUCAAUUGUGCAACGGCAUUUCACGUUUAAUCUCGAAUAAUUAUAAUACGUUAUCACCUGUACUAGAUAAUAACAAUACGGACGGGUUAUUGUAUAGUUUAUUUCGAGCGGUACAGCCGGACCGUGUGGGUGAUACAAGCAUCCUACUAUUCUUCGAUUCCGUUCAGAGUUACAGCAGUACCAGGCGCCGUAAAGAUGAUGCUGUACGAGGCGGUGCAGUUCCAACGAAGUGAAAACUAUUACAACAAUUACACCAGCAAGAUAAAGGAGACCAAGCCGAAAGUGCAAAGAACUAAGAGUGCCACGAACGUGCAACGCCUGUUGAACCAGCACCAACAGGAGGGUGACCUUUCGAGGCGCGGCAGCUUCGUGAUCGGACAGAAGCUGAGGGAGUCGAAGUGGUUUACUCAUGAAGAGCUGCGUGUCUUUUGCGCCGUCAUCGAGACGGGAUUCAUUGUCCAGAGGAAAGAUGAUCAGGAGGAGAUCGAGUAUGGCAUCGCCGUUUGGGACGUUGGCCAAGAAAAGAGCAAAAACCCAGACCACAUCAACAUAUACUCUCUGUACCCGCACAAAGACAACUUUCGCGUGAAGUCCUUCCUGCUGUUUGAAUUCUGGCCGGAAGGCACAAAGCUCAGGAUUUUCAAUCAAAGCGACAAAACAGAGAAUCCGCACAGCGAGGAUGUGAUCAAGGAUCAGAUUUCCUAUUCCGAACAGUCGAAGCAGAAAUGGCACAGUUCAGAGCAUUUUACCUACUGGUGCCGAUACGGUCCUGUCCAAUUAAACCACCGCGUCAGAAAUAUGACGGACGCUAAGUGGGGGAACUUUGGCAUAAAUGCAGGACUGACGAUGCUGAAGAAACGGCUAAAACGGAUGACCAGCCACAGCACAAAAUAAUUUCCUUUACAAGUUAUACAAUUUUUGUUUGUAUAUUUGAAAUUGUUCUGUUACGAAUGUCAUUUAAUCGUUUUGUGAUUUGUGUGUAAUUACUUUCUUUUUUGCUUGUUUGUGAUAUGAUCUUUUAUUAGUAUUUGAAUAUAAACUUAUUUGGAGAGAGAUGAAAAUGAGGAAAAUAAGUUUGCAAA